AUGACCUCACCCGUACAUGAGGGUGUUGUUAGCCGGCUUCAAGAUUUUUUCAAGGUUCCCAACGGUGGAGUUGUUGACGAUCCUCCCAUAGUAGUCUUUGGACAACUUCUACACUAUGAUCCUGGUGGAAGUGGAGUUCCUGAUGUUGCUGCAUACCCGGAUAUAGCAUUCAUUCCAAGACCUUCCACUUCCACCAUAAUACCUCGUCCUCCCAUGUAUGUUGAGUUUGAUAACAAUACCCGUGCUGUCAUUGGUAUCAAGAUUUUAGAUCCAAGACCAAAUAUUCGAGAACUUGGAACUGGAUAUUUCUAUAGAACAAUGACGGCAAAACUUUACCGUCAAGGAAUGACAGUACAAUGGGAUUUUGGAAAUGCUAAAAAAUAUUCAAGGGAUCCUGUCAACGAUCCUGCUGGUUGCAACGCGCCAAACUUGCCAGCUUUUCAGAUCACAAUUCCUAUAAGUGAUGUAUUUUGGGAUCCACCAUUUCCUAUCCCACCUGCAUAUGUUCCAGUGAUCCCUGCAGACAUAAUUGGUAGCAAUUUUAUUAUUGACUUAUACCGGAUCCAGUGA